UUGAAAGUAAAAAAAUCACUUGUUCAAUUUGUCUGACGUUACAUAUUUUUAUUCAAUAGUAAAGUGGUAAAAAAUGUGAUAUAAAAAGUUGAAAAAGUUCAAAUAAAAUAUUUGCAAAGAAAUAUAUAAUAUUAAUUACAAAACGUAACAAAUGCUAAUCAGAAUUUAAAGCAAAUAAUAAAAUAUGGAAAAUUUUAAUCCAACUGUGAAUGAGUGUGUGAAGUAAUAAGAAUGAAAAAAAAUAAGAAAAAUGUAACAAAAUUAAAGCAAAAUAUACAUAUGAUUGUUAAAAUUUCUUAAAAAUACACAAAAAAUAAAUACUUUUUAUGAUAUUAUUGAAGAAAAGUUAUUAUUGAAAGUUCCAACGCCUAUAAUUCACGAGAGUAUCUAAAUGUAAAAGAAACUCUAUAGACGUCCAUAACAUUCCUUCUAAUCAACAACGAAUACGUUUUGACUGUACUUGAUAUAACUACUUUAAAUCAUCUACAUAUUAGCAAAAUGGCGUCAUCUACGUUAAAACAAAACUAUAAAGUUCCGUCUACCAGCAAAGUAUCAGUAGAUAAACUCCUACGUGUAGGAUGCUACGAUUUAGAGAAAACUAUUGGCAAAGGAAAUUUUGCUGUUGUCAAGCUAGCCUCAAAUAUCAUAACCAAAACUAAGGUAGCUAUUAAAAUAAUUGACAAAACGUGUCUAAACGAGGAGUAUCUUGCCAAGACAUACCGUGAAAUUUCAAUUUUAAAAAAACUUCGACAUAGGCAUAUAACUCGAUUGUAUGAAGUGAUGCAAUCCGAAACAAUGAUAUACUUAGUUACCGAAUAUGCCUCGAAUGGAGAAAUAUUUGAUCAUUUGGUAGAAAACGGACGAAUGAAGGAACCGGAAGCUGCAAGAGUCUUUACUCAGUUGGUAUCUGCUGUAGAUUAUUGUCAUUCAAAAGGCGUGGUACACCGUGAUUUAAAGGCCGAAAAUGUGCUGUUGGAUAAGGAUAUGAAUAUAAAAUUGGCAGAUUUUGGAUUUAGUAAUAGAUAUGAAGAAGGAUAUUUUUUAAGAACGUGGUGUGGAUCGCCUCCUUAUGCAGCCCCUGAAGUUUUUCAAGGUUUAGAAUAUGAUGGCCCUAAAGCUGAUAUAUGGAGUUUGGGUGUUGUUUUGUAUGCAUUGGUGUGUGGUGCGUUGCCAUUCGACGGCAAAACUUUAUUAGAGCUUAAAAGUCGAGUCGUAACAGGAAAAUUUCGAAUUCCCUAUUUUAUGUCACAAGAUUGUGAACAUCUUAUUCGCAAUAUGUUGGUUGUUGAGCCAGAAAGACGUUAUACCUUAAAACAAAUUAUUAAACAUCGAUGGUUAAGCGAAUGGAUUGCUGAAGUUGAAAAAGAAUGUCAACUAGUAGCGCAACCAUAUAGUUCGACCACUAAUAUAAUGCUUCACAGCAGCAGUACGAGCAGUUGUUCCGAAGAACUACCAACGAUAAUUUCUACCCAAACCACAACAAACACCACAUCAGUACCUAAUUUGGAUUCCGUUGUUAUGUCUCAUAUGUUGCAACUAUCAGGUUUAACUGCAGACAAAAUUGCUCAAUCCGUUCACGAACAUCGGUUCGAUAAUAUAUACGCUAUUUAUUAUCUACUCUACGAUAAGUUACAGCAAAAACGAAGAGAAUAUCAAAAAAUCAAUCAACAUGCUAACAGAGCUAGAUCCCGUACUAGCAUUACCACAGGUGUGGUGGAUCGUUCAGAACCUUUACAUCAAGAUACGUUAGAUCGAUUGAGUCCUUUAAGUAAUACUGGUGUAACUCAAACAGGCAUGGAUUACAUGUGGUCAGAUGUUUCUGUGAAUUUGGAGAAGUAUAGUGAUAUUGACCUUGAUUGUUUACAAAGACAAAGCGAGAAUUGCAAUCAAAACCAAUUAUGCACUAAUUAUCCGUCAGUUUCUCAUGUGAGUGGAAAUACCAGACGGCAUACUGUGGGACCCGGGGACGUUGCACAUGAACAGGCACUCCAAGAUUCCAAUGUUGUACCACUUGAUUUUAAAAACGAACCCCGAAAUAAUCAGCAACAAUCUGGGAACCACCCACCUAUAAAUUUGCCUAUGUUACAAAAUCAACCUCUCCAUUAUUUAACCAUCAAAGAUCAACAUUUAUUGAAACCCCCCCUCGUUAUGGGUGCUACCGGUUCAUUUAACCGUCGAGCUUCAGAUGGAGGUGCUAAUUUACCGUACUGUUUCACAACUGGACAGUAUCAAAACCAAACCCAUCUUACUCAUAAUCUUCCACCUGAUACCUAUUAUAUUGACUCAUCCGUCAAUGAAAUGCCAAGUGCUGAUGCUAAUGAGCAAUUUCCUUUAGAUGUGACAACAAUUAAAAGUACAAAUGCUAUCCAGGAUGAAGGUUCUGACGAAAUACAAAGAUAUAUGAAAAAACGUGGCUGUUCAAAACGACACACUGUUGGAUGUACCGAAGAUCUUUCCACAUCUCGUCACCAAAGUGAACAACAGAGCUUGGCCCAUGUAUCUGUAAAUUUAACACCUCAGACCCCAACUGGAGUUAUAACACCAAACGCUGGCUGUGUGAGUGGUGGGAUACGUACCAGGCGUACAGGUUUAUUAACAGUAACAGAAAGACCUCCGGUUAUAAGUCCUGAGCUUAUACGUGAGGUUGAAUCCCGAAUGAAUCGAAAUUAUUUGCCGCCAGCACUAAAAUUGCAGAGUAAUAACUCUGUUAGUUUAAGUCAGUCACCUCCAAAAUCCUCUGGUGGUCAUUCUUAUGUAGGCGGUACUUAUUAUAAUUCUCCAACAAUUAGUAGUUCUCCAUACCCUACAGUGGGUACUUCACCAAUGUGUAAUCCGCCAUCUUUAGCAUUAGCUUCGGCAUCUUCUGCCACUUCUGCAGUUAAUUACCCAAAUAGACGAAUUUAUGGCAAAGCUUGGAAAUUGCCACCAGUUCAAGAAGUUGGUCGCUAUAGCCCCGUACGACGAGCUUCAGAAGGUUCUAAGACUCAAUUCCAAGGACCAUUACAAGAAUGCCAAUAUCUUCAAAAGGGUAUUGCACAGCGCAAUUUUUUGGUAGCUCCCAGUCCACCGCUUUUAGAAAACUCAAUUAGUUUACCCGGAUCUCCCAUACAUGGUAAACCAUCUAGUGCUCAUAAUAUUUUCCGUCGAAUUGGUGGUGGUAACUUAUCAACUGUUCACGACAUAGAAAUUCCAGAAGAUGCAUUGAAAUCAAUAAUUCCUGUGUUGGACCAGUUAGUAAAGGAACAGCGUAUUGGCGUGGAAUUAGUAAAUAAGAUUUUAUCAACUAGACAAAUACCAAUGAAUUUAGCUGGACAUUUUGGUUUACUGGCACAUAGUUCGGCCGCCAGUAGUGGUAAUCAUAUAGAUCAUGUGGGAUCUUAUUUACAACAACAAAUGUUAAGUCUUAGUGUUUCCCCCUUAUCUCUACCAAAUUCAGCUAAUUCUAGUAAUUUACAAAUGAGUGGAUUAGGUCAAGGAAGCGGAGUUAAUACGGCUAGCAGUGGCGCCUUAAUUCAGCAACAAAAUUCCCAACAGAAUACAACAAUUUCGCAAGGCGACGGCAUGGGAGGAUUACAUUCUAAACAAUUACUCGGCGUAGGUUAUGCUCAGCAAAUACAAUUAUCUGGAGUAAGUAGUGGUGGACUACUUAGCACUUAUCCUGGCAGUGGUUCUGGUUGUCAGUCACCAAUUUAUAGUAGUUUCAGUGGAACGACUUCUCCGAAUCCCUAUGUGCCCAAUAUGUCUUUGUUUUGUGGGAGCAGUAAUAGCGGCCAAGGAACCGGUGGUUCUUCCCCCUUACAUCAAAUUACUAAAGGUAUUUCAUAUCUCACUACUGGCGGUGGUGGUUCCAUAACCCGAGGUACUUCAGCUGCAAGCGAAAUUACAAAUCAGCCUUUAGAUUUGUCAAUGGAUGUCUGUAAUUCUGAAGAUUCGGAAACACCACAGGGCUCUUUAACUCCACAAAACUGGUUCGUACCGUCAUCGCCUUACUACGAGUUAAAACCACUAAAUUUAUCACCUGUCCAACCUGUUAGAGUUGUUUCCACUCCACCUUCGUCCCCGAAUUUGUGUAUAAUACAAGAAGAAAAUGCUAACGGACAAAUGUGUCAUACAAUAUCUACUGGCACUCCUUAUGCUGGGUGUACUGGUGGUGUUACACCAACCCCAUGUCCGGAAAAUGUAUGUUUGGGAGAUGACAUCACAUCUCCUGGACAACAACUGUCACAUCCUCAAAUAUGUCUUACAGAUGUACAAGGAAGUGAAAUUACUCUAGUUGCGCUUUCAUCCGAAAACAGUGGAGAUAGUGACUGCGACUCAUUGGAUCAUAACGCCAUGUCUUUAAUGUCAUUGCAAGGUUUAAUAAUAACAGAGCCCUCCAGUGAUAUGCCCUCCAUAACAAGAGGCAUUGGGCGUAAGACUAGUUUGGAAACAGAUUUUAAUUCAACUAUGUCGCAACAUACAACAAGUUCCAAUCAACCAAAUGAUAGAAGAGGAAGCGACAAAUCUUUGGGAUUUUCAGAUGACUCAUUAAGUAAUGAUUCUAACAACCUCUCACCAUGUCAAGAACCAUCAGCCUCGUCGGGUUUUAAAUCUGAUUCCCAUUCAGAAAUUGGUGAUCAAACCGAGGGACAUUUGACGCCCGAUUCAAUGUGUGACUCACGUCGCAUGUCAGAUGAAAUGUGCUAUGAAGUCCCAUUACCACAUGAAUGUUCAAAUUUGGAUACCACGCGAAUACUGCAAAUGGUAAAACAGACUAUAGACUCAACAAUGCCACCAAAAGGAUUCAUCCUUCAUAAUGCUGAUGAUAGUACUACAUCAACAUCAUCAUCUGCUACUAGUGCUAGUAAUUGGGCAGAAGCUAGAUUGAGCAGUACCUCUACAGGCACAACUGAUUCCUCACUGUAUUCUAUGGAUAUUUCAACCUCGUCAAAUACUACAAAUCUAAGUUUGGAAUACUCUGGAGGUUUACAAAUUGAAGUGCAAGUUUGUGAAGGGCGUAGUAGAGACAAUCAGACUACUAGUAAAGGUAUUAAGCUGCGACGCAUAUCUGGAGAUCAAUUUGAAUAUGGAAAGUUAUGCCAACAGUUAAUAAACCAACUCACUAUGCAACAAGUGGCGGCUUAAAUAUCAUAUCCUAUCCUAUAUAAUGCAGUACUACAUCAACAUCAUCACCUGCAACCAGUACAGGCAAUUAGCCUGAAGCUAGAUUGAGCAGUACCUCUACAGGUACAACUGAUUCUUCACUGUGUUCCAUGCAUAUUUCUACUUCUUCAACUACUUUGGAGGUUUGCAAAAUUAAGUGCAAGCUUGUGGACGUUGUAGUAGAUACAAUCGCAACAGUAAAGAUAUUAAACUGCGACGCAGAUAUGUGUAUAAAUUUGAACUUGAAAAGUUAUGCCGACUGUUCACAAGCCAACUCUCUAUGCAACAAGUGAUGUUUUAACAAUAUGAUAUCCCAUCAUACUAUAAAAUAUAUUUAUAGUUUUCCAAAUACCAACAACUAACUAUCUAUGCACUGAAUCUAAAGAUCCUGGCUCAAAUUUAUACUUAAUCAAAUUUAAUAGGGCUAAAAAUUAAGACUUUAGUUUAUUUAAUUAUUUGUAUUCCAGUUAAUGUUAUCAUAAUACUUUAUAGAGCAAUCAAUUUGCUUAUCACAAUUUACAAAUACAAUUUGAUCGAUUAAAUUUUUAUCAACGAAAUGAGAAGAUCCCAAAUGAUAAAUUUGUUCUAAGUUCAUACGAAAUUUGCAUAAAUUUUACAAAAUCUGUAAAUAAAUUUACUUACAUGUAUAUUACGGUGUGUCGAUUAGUAUGGAUGAAUAAAAAUUACAUAAUUAUAAAUAAAUCGACAAAUCCUAAUGUACAUGCAUUACGCAAUGUAUAAAUAAAUAUUCAUAUGUACAUAAGACCUGGCCUUAAAUAUAGAUAGGUUUGUCUUGUAUGGGUCUAAUUUUGUUCGUCUAUGUCUAAAAUUACUAAUUUAAAAUUUGGGGUCUCUUGGAUAACGAGAACCCGUACCGGAAAUCGACUGAAAGUUGCAAAUUUGAGUUAAAAGGCUAUUUAUUUUUUGUUUUCUUCAAGAUUGUUGCUAUCUAGAUAAUCUGGUCUUAACGUUUGACAUACAUAAAUAUUUUUGAGUAAAUAAUCAUUUCAACAAAGUUCAACAAAUUUUUUGACGAAAUCAGAAAAACCAAAAUUGUUUAAAUGCUUUACAUGAUAUGUCAAUGAAAUCUACAAUUUCUUCACUGCACGUAACCUGCAGCUAUCACCAACGAAGUCAUCGAUAACACUCUUCACCACCUGGAAGAAGGAGGUAAAACACAACUUAGGCAUCAUGGUCUACGGCGUACAAAUUCCGACAGUGAACCACCCGAAAAUCUUGGGUGUCACUUUUGAUAGCCUUUUUACCUCCUCAGCACACGCCACUGCAAUCACGCAUAAACUGCGAAAUAGGAACAAGGUCCUCAAGGCACUAGCCGGCAGCACUUGGGGUAUGAACAAAGAAACCUUGCUAGCAACGAUUGGCCGGUCAGUGGUUAACUAUGCUGCUUCAGUGUGGUCGCCUUCGUUAAGUGAUACUCAGUGGAGAAUUAUUCAAAGCUGUCAAAAUACAGCCUUACAGCUGCCUCCAAAUUACCUCCAAAAACCACCUUCACGAGGAAACUAAGGUUCUACCGGUCAAGGAACAUAGCGUCAUGCUGACGCAACAGUUCCUUCUGGGAUGUCACCGGAGGAGUCAUCCAAAAUUCAACAUCACCCAGUUGGAGUCUCCCCCGAGGCAUGUCAGACAGGACCUUAGGAAAUACGAAGAGAGCAUACAGAGGUAUGUGCAUGAUCCAUUGGAUCGUAGCUCGUAUAUGACAGCUUUGAACAACAUUCAUAGAGACGCCAUCAAUUCCGCGGUAGCAGGAUACCGCAUGAAUGUCGUACUUGGAAGUUGCCCACCACCGAUAGCAGACGCCGAGAAGAUUCUGCCGCGGAAAACAAGAGUCGUUCUGGCACAACUUAGAUCAGGAUGGAGCAACAGGCUUAAUGCCUUCUGGUACCGCAUAGACUGCCGUCCUCAACUUAUGCCCAGCAUGUGGUCAUUAUCCUCAUGAUACCCUCCACAUUUUCAACUGUCCAGCCAGCCCUACUUCACUACGUCCAGUAGAUUUAUGGACCCAUCCAGCAGAAGUAGCACAAUUUCUUGGGGAAAAAACUGUUCACGCUGCUACAACAACAACAACAUGAUUUUAGAACUUUGAAUAGAUGUUCAGUACGGGUUCUCCUUAUCCUUAUCAGUUAGUUUUAGGUACUAAAGAACAAUGACCCAUCCGAAACAUGAAUAUUUUUAAGGACAGGUCUAGUGUACAUGCUUUACGCAAUACAUACAUUUUUCAAUUGCAAAGCACAAUUAUAUGUAAGCAUGUAAAACUAGAUGAAAAGUAUUAGAAGUAAUGAACAAGUUAAAUUAUGUAUAUUAAUAAAUAGUAGUAUAAGAUAAGAAGGAACAUAUUUACAGUAAUGUUUUUAUCUAUUUUAUCUGUUAAACGAAUUAAAGAUACAACAGAGUUUAGCUAAUUCAUGUCAUUCCAAACUAUAAUAAUAAAUACUAUGUACAUACUUGUAAUUUUAUAGGGAAUCCAAAAACUUUUGCUGUUAUUUGCUAUAUAUUACACAGGUCUACAAUGAUUUUGGUGCCGCCAAAACUAAAAGUGAUUUUAAGUAUAUCCGAUACCUUUUUUUGAGAAAUUGCAAUAUUAUAUUACAAUAUUUUAUUAAAUUAUUUUACAGUUUAUAAGCAUCUUUUUCAAACAGUAAUCUGAUGGAAACGUUCUCCUUGUUCUUCUUGUGAACAAGAUGCCUUAAGCGAGAAAUCUUAAGGCAUGGUUAACACUUCAAAAUCGCUGUCAAGUUCAUCCGAAAAAAAAAAUCUUUAUGUCAGAGAAAUCUGAUAGAUGUUCAUUCGUAGGAGAAGGUACGUCGGCUGAAUACAGUAGAGGCCUUUUAGCGGACGGUAAAUCAGGAUAUGACGUUUUUCUUUUAUUCAUACCAUGUAAUUAAUAGGAUUACGAAAUGGGCAUACGAAUUUACUUAUGACAGACAAUAUUGAAAAAUUAAACUAUAUUAAAAGCAAACAUUUUGAAUACAAACCACUAACGGUAUUUCGGCACCAAAAUAGUUUUCUUUAUUUGACCUGUGUUAUUAUUUAAAUAAGUCAUUCAUUUGCCGUUAAUUAAAAUCAUAAACACUUUAAAAUCAGAGUUAUAAAAAACUCGAUAAUUUUUGGUUGAAAUUGAAACCGUAUAAUUUUCAGUAUUCCUAAGUUCAUUAAUUUUACUUUAGUUUCAUUAUACAUAUACUUAAGUAUUUAAUUUUUUCCGUAAUGCACCCAUAGAUUAGAAGCAAUCAAUGCCCAAAUAUAUUUUAUGAAAAAAUAUAUAAAUUUUUAAGUGAUUACAAACAUACAUACAUAUAUUAUUUUUUAAGAAAUUAAAUAAAGACUGCUGUGAUUAAAUAAAAUAUGUUUAAAUUAUAAAAAUGUUAUAUAAUUAAAUUAUUUAACUUUUAAUGUCUCUUAAUUAAAACAAAAUUAUUUUUAAAUCUCAAA